AUGCCUCUUCCUAUAAUUAAAGUUCAACCUCAUCUUAUGAGAAUAACUCCAGAAAGAGCAAGAAGAUGGGCACCAUCUGUCAUGGGAUUUACUGGAGCUCUUGGUGUAGCAGCUUUACUCUUCGUCGAACCGAUCCCAAAAGUUCGUAAAGAUAUUUUAUGCAAAUUUCCUAUUCUUGGUAAAUACUGGAAACCUAAAAUAGAAAAUUGA